AUGAUAUUUGGACACCUCAUCACUGUUCUAUCAGAAAUGGACAUAUCCAGCAGGCAAAAUAUUAGUAAAGAGAUAGUUGAAGUCAACAGCCCCAUCAAGCAACUGAUACAAUUGGUGGCGUCUGGGCCCAUUCGAGUACUAACCGUCUCACAGGAGCGGAUGCUCAGAGAGAAGAGUGAAGGUGAAUUACAUUUUGAAGAUGAGUUUGCCUACUCUGCUGAGGUAGUGACGCGCUGUGAAACACAACAAAGGCCUGAGGCCGUCCGUCCCUGCACUGCACACCCGGUGCUGCUUGGUCACACGCUACAGAAGGACGACCUCGAGAAACGCUCGCAAGAAAGUGGCGAUGACGAUCCGGACAAGGUCACUCCCAAGAAGGCCGCUCCAGAUGAAGCUGCUCUAGAUGAGGCCGCUCCGCAGAUGAAGCCGCUCCAUGAUCGGAGCCGCUCCCAAGAAGAGGCCAUUCCCAAGACGAGGUUGCUCCCCGGACGAGGCCGCUCCCGACGACGAAGAGCCUCGCGCAGCGACCUUCACGCGGUGGCUGAGCCCCGCCCUACACAGGUGGCCAAUCGGAUCUCAAUUCACCCCAGUGGAUACACACAUGCCGCGCGGACUGGACGCUCCACCGGGCCCGCCCCGCCCCAUCGGGGUCCACAAGAUCCUGGGGCAGGGGCAGCCCUUACAAGGAGCCCCGCCUCCCGGCGCUACAUUCCCCUGAGUAGGAUCUCCGCGACGCUGACCGGGAGCCGACGGCGAUCCUGGGCGGCACUCCUGGGCGGCAGUCCUGCUUCCUCGCGACCACGUGCGUCUCCUCCGGCCCGACUUCCGCGGAGUCGAGCGAGCGGGGCCGAGCAACACGGGACGUCCGGGCGCGUGGGCGGCUGGUGCGGGCUCCAGGCCAAGCGCUUCGAAUGGGCGCAAGCACGCGGAGGGGCGCGGCCGCCCCGUCAGGCGCAGCAACGACUCCCCGCACGGCUGAUGGGACACUCCGAGCGCCGCGACGGCCUCCCGGCGGUCGAUGCGGGGCUGAGACAGUCGCGGCGGCCACGUCACGGGCCGGGACAAGCUCCGAGGGUCGCGCGCGGAGCCCAGAACCCGCACGAGCCGUGGCUCCCGUGGAAGUCGGAAGGGCAAGGGCGUGACCGGCCGCGACAACCGCCGGGCACAGAGCAGCGAACGUUCCCCGCAGACUCCGAGGAAGCUGUGCGGGUGUCCGGAAACGUGUGCGGGAUCCAGCCGGCGCGCCUGCUGUCCGAGGGGCUCUACCGCUUCCGGAUGACGGUCUGCCCCGUCGAGGACCCGAUCUCUUACUCUCGUUGCGACCGCACGACCGCAGAGGGGCCCGGUCAGCGCUUCCUCACGCACUGGGUCUGCGCGGCGGCGGCAGCGCACGGACCACCGCGUCCCGGUCCCCGCCCCGCACCAGGUUGGGACGCCGGACCCCGACGUCCGCGGCCGUGCGGGGGACCGGGCCUGGGGCCGUCGGCUGCGGACCAGGCUGCGGGGUGGCGUCCGCACGCAGGGCCGGGCCGCGUGAGACGCGCCGUCCGCGACCCGGAACGCGGCCCCCGGCGUCCGCGCGGGAGGCUGACCCGGCGUCGAACCUCAGGCCCCGCCGUCGCACGACUCACCGUCCUGCUCCUGCGACCGCUCGUCGCCCGCGCUCCGCGGCAGCGGCCGGGGCUCCGCGACGGCGGGAGGGACGCCCGGGGGCCGAGCGCCGCGACCGCGGGGCACCUCCGAGCCGGGCCCGUUCCGUCCGCGCGGCCCAGGGGCGGGUUCCGGCGGACGCGGCGGCGAGCGACCGCCCGGGACACACGGCAGCGGCCCCGCGCGUCGGAGCAGUCGCCGCCGGACCGCGGCUUCUCGCCCUCCCGGCCUCCCGCGCCGCACAGGGGCCUCGGCGUCCCCGCUGCUCCCGGCCGCGCCGGCGUCGGCUCAGGCUCCGUGUGGGCGACAGGCGGGGACGCCCGGAGGAGCGGGGGACGCCCGGAGGAGCGAGGUCCGCAGCCGCGCACGCCGCCCGCCCCGCCGACGCCUCCGAUCCGCGGCCUCGGGGCCCCGCGGCGGAAGCAGCAGGAGCUCCCUCGGGACGCCCCGGCCCCGCCGUCGGACGAAGCCGGCCCGCGAGGGGAAAGCGGCGUCGCGGCCUCGUGCGCCCGGCGGGCCCGGGGGGCUGGUGCGGGCAGCUCCGGGCCUGUCGCCGCUGCGCAGCCGGGAACGCGGCCUCGAGUACCGCUGCUGCCGCGGACCCCACCCCGGCCGCGCGCCGCGUGGCCCCGGGGCCUUCUCCACGCGGCCGGGGCGGCCGGCAGGGAGCGCGGCUUCCCGCGGGGUCGGGCGCUGGGGCGCCGCCAGCCUCCCGCAGAGCGGUCUCCCUUCAGCCCGACCCUGGGGUGCCCCCGGGGCCCUGCCCCUCCGGCAACACGAGGGCUCGCUUGGUGGCUCCGGCGGGGCAGGGCGGCGGUCGGGGCACCGCGGACGGCAGCCCUCGACGCCCCGCGCGGGGCUCCUGAAGAGACUGGACGGGAACGGCGGGCCUCGGCCGAGGAGGCUGCGGGCAAGGAGCGGCUUCGGGGGCGCUGCGGCCCCACUUCCGCCUGGCGCGGGGCGGGCCGCCUCCGGGUGGGGCUACGGUGCGCUCCGCGCCUGCUCCGUCGUUCGACCGCAGCCCGCGGCCCGCGCCCCGGGCGGUCUGCGGCCCCCGCUGCUGCGGCCCCCGCGGGAGGAACCCCGCCAGGAGGGUGCGGGCGUCCGCACAGGAAAUGGAAGUAA